UGUUCGCAUUUACGUAUAUCUCAAACUCAACCAUAACAUAACUCAUUGUGUCUAUCUUUUCAGAAAACAGAUGUUUUGAGGUAACAAAGUUUGAUCAUAUCACAAAAACAUAUCAUUUUUCGGCGACACUUCAGAAGUUAAUAUCAGCAUUUUAAACCAUGGGAAAGAUUCGGUCAUUUUCGGCCAGUCAGCGCCUGUCACUCGCAUGCUUUUUUGUGGAACUGUUAACAUUUGCGUUGAUUGGUCUGUCCUUUGGAAAUGGCUGGCUCAUGGGCCAGAUCUUUCUGGACGGAGUUGAGACGGAUGUAUGGUGUGGCAUCUACGAGCUCUGCUUCAAAACAAGAAUUGGGCAGCCUCCAACCUACAGAUGCUGGUUCCUCGGAAGAUUUGAAGUGAACACAGGACUGGUGCAGGCAGGGCGAAUCUUCUUGACAGGAAGUGCUUGCAUCUGCUGGCCGGUGCUCUGUGUGACCUUCCUACACGCCUUCGGAUCAAUCAAGGGAAAACUGGCUCCGCAAGUCAUCGCAAAGAGCAUUCUUAGUCUGUGCAUUCUGCUCGGCUGUAGUCUCGUCCAGGCGGAGUUCGAGCGGCAUAAGUACGAGAGGGCGUGGCUAGGAUGGUCGUGUGCCAGUGGUUGGCUCGCCUUUGUCCUCUCCUUCUGUGUUACCGUGGCAACCGGUAUCAAUCUGGGCUCUGUUCAGUCCAGAGCCGACAAGGAGAGCUAGAAAGGACUGGUAGCUCCUGAUGAUGAUAUGAUGAAUAAGAACCGUCGAGGAAUUUCAAAUCUAAUCUUACAAAUAAAUUUACGAGCGAAAGCCAAGAAAGAGCGAUCAAUUAGUGAUCAAGGAGGGACUUCUUCUUAUACUUCUUUAAAAACUAGAUUACAUGCAUAUUUAAUUUCUAUUUCUCAUAAUUUUCAAUUAAUUUCUUACUUCACAAAAUUGACGACGCAGUUAUUGUUUUG